UCUCAUUUCCUGUCGGGUUUUGCAUUUCCCUCCCCCGCCCCUCCUAGCCUAUGACAUACUUUCUCUCCUUUUUUCUCUCCUGCCUCCUCUGGCCUUCGGACUCCUGCCCGUGCCGCCCGCAGCCCCCUCCUGGCCCUGCAGCCCCUGGGCGGGCGCCGUCCCUCGGAGGACGGGUCGGGGCCCGCGGGGACGGAGGGCCCGGUCGCCUGGAGGAAGCCGGAGGCCUGCGUGGAGGAGGCGCCCCGCGCAGCUGGCGGAGCAUGAGCGCCCCAGAUCCCGAGCACUGCAAGUCCAGAUGCAACGGGAGCCUGGCUCGAGGGAAGACAAGAUCUGGCCGGAAAGUGUGAAAGUCACACCCCAAUGACGGGAUAGCAGCCGUUGUGUGUGAGCACCCCUCCAUGCCAGGAGGAGGGCCAGAGAUGGAUGACUACAUGGAGACGCUGAAGGAUGAAGAGGACGCCUUGUGGGAGAACGUGGAGUGUAACCGGCACAUGCUCAGCCGCUACAUCAACCCCGCCAAGCUCACGCCCUACCUGCGUCAGUGUAAGGUCAUUGAUGAGCAGGACGAAGAUGAAGUGCUUAAUGCUCCUAUGCUGCCGUCCAAGAUCAACCGGGCAGGCCGGCUGUUGGACAUUCUACAUACCAAGGGGCAAAGGGGCUAUGUGGUCUUCUUGGAGAGCCUGGAAUUUUAUUACCCCGAGCUGUACAAACUGGUGACUGGGAAAGAGCCCACCCGCAGAUUCUCCACUAUUGUGGUGGAGGAGGGCCACGAGGGCCUCACGCACUUCCUGAUGAACGAGGUCAUCAAGCUGCAGCAGCAGAUGAAGGCCAAGGACCUGCAACGCUGCGAGCUGCUGGCCAGGUUACGGCAGCUGGAGGAUGAGAAGAAGCAGAUGACGCUGACGCGCGUGGAGUUGCUGACCUUCCAGGAGCGGUACUACAAGAUGAAGGAAGAGCGGGACAGCUACAAUGACGAGCUGGUCAAGGUGAAGGACGACAAUUACAACUUAGCCAUGCGCUACGCACAGCUCAGUGAGGAGAAGAACAUGGCGGUCAUGAGGAGCCGAGACCUCCAACUCGAGAUCGAUCAGCUAAAGCACCGGUUGAAUAAGAUGGAGGAGGAGUGUAAGCUGGAGAGAAAUCAGUCUCUGAAACUGAAGAAUGACAUUGAAAAUCGGCCCAAGAAGGAGCAGGUUCUGGAACUGGAGCGGGAGAAUGAGAUGCUGAAGACCAAAAACCAGGAGCUGCAGUCCAUCAUCCAGGCUGGGAAGCGCAGCCUGCCAGACUCCGACAAGGCCAUCCUGGACAUCCUGGAACACGACCGCAAGGAGGCCCUGGAGGACCGGCAGGAGCUGGUCAACAGGAUCUACAACUUGCAGGAGGAGGCCCGCCAGGCAGAGGAGCUGCGGGACAAGUACCUGGAGGAGAAGGAGGACCUGGAGCUCAAGUGCUCAACCCUGGGGAAGGACUGUGAAAUGUACAAGCACCGGAUGAAUACGGUCAUGCUGCAGCUGGAGGAGGUGGAGCGGGAGCGGGACCAGGCCUUCCAUUCCCGAGACGAAGCCCAGACGCAGUACUCGCAGUGCUUAAUCGAAAAGGACAAAUACAGGAAGCAGAUCCGCGAGCUGGAGGAGAAGAACGACGAGAUGAGGAUCGAGAUGGUGCGGCGGGAGGCCUGCAUCGUCAACCUGGAGAGCAAGCUCCGGCGCCUCUCCAAGGACAGCAACAACCUGGACCAGAGUCUGCCCAGGAACCUGCCAGUAACCAUCAUCUCUCAGGACUUUGGGGACGCCAGCCCCAGGACCAAUGGUCAAGAAGCCGACGAUUCCUCCACCUCGGAGGAGUCACCGGAAGAUAGCAAGUACUUCCUGCCCUACCACCCGCCCCAGCGCAGGAUGAACCUGAAGGGCAUCCAGCUGCAGAGAGCCAAAUCCCCCAUCAGCCUGAAGCGAACAUCAGAUUUUCAAGCCAAGGGGCACGAGGAAGAAGGCACGGACGCCAGCCCCAGCUCCUGUGGAUCUCUGCCCAUCACCAACUCCUUCACCAAAAUGCAGCCCCCCCGGAGCCGCAGCAGCAUCAUGUCAAUCACCGCCGAGCCCCCGGGAAACGACUCCAUCGUCAGACGCUACAAGGAGGACGCGCCCCAUCGCAGCACAGUCGAAGAAGACAAUGACAGUGGCGGGUUUGACGCCUUAGACCUGGACGAUGACAGUCACGAACGCUACUCCUUCGGACCCUCCUCCAUUCACUCCUCCUCCUCCUCCCACCAAUCCGAGGGCCUGGAUGCCUACGACCUGGAGCAGGUCAACCUCAUGUUCAGGAAGUUCUCUCUGGAAAGACCCUUCCGGCCUUCGGUCACCUCCGUGGGGCACGUGCGGGGCCCAGGGCCCUCGGUGCAGCACACGACGUUGAACGGCGACAGCCUCACCUCCCAGCUCACCCUGCUGGGGGGCAACGCGCGAGGGAGCUUCGUGCACUCGGUCAAGCCUGGCUCCCUGGCCGAGAAAGCCGGCCUCCGCGAGGGCCACCAGCUGCUGCUGCUAGAAGGCUGCAUCCGAGGUGAGAGGCAGAGUGUACCCCUGGACACAUGCACCAAAGAGGAAGCCCACUGGACCAUCCAGAGGUGCAGCGGCCCCGUCACGCUGCACUACAAGGUCAACCACGAAGGGUACCGGAAGCUGGUGAAAGACAUGGAGGAUGGCCUGAUCACGUCGGGGGACUCAUUCUACAUCCGGCUGAACCUGAACAUCUCCAGCCAGCUGGACGCCUGCACCAUGUCCCUGAAGUGUGACGAUGUUGUGCACGUCCGUGACACCAUGUAUCAGGACAGGCAUGAGUGGUUGUGUGCGCGCGUCGACCCUUUCACAGAUCACGACCUGGACAUGGGCACCAUUCCCAGCUACAGCCGAGCCCAGCAGCUCCUCCUGGUCAAACUGCAGCGCCUGAUGCACCGGGGCAGCCGGGAGGAGGUGGACGGCACCCACCACACCCUGCGGGCACUCCGGAACACCCUGCAGCCGGAAGAAGCGCUUUCAACAAGCGACCCCCGGGUCAGUCCCCGUCUCUCCCGAGCAAGCUUCCUUUUUGGCCAGCUCCUUCAGUUCGUCAGCAGGUCCGAGAACAAGUAUAAGCGAAUGAACAGCAACGAGAGGGUCCGCAUCAUCUCGGGGAGCCCGCUAGGGAGCCUGGCCCGGUCCUCGCUGGAUGCCACCAAGCUCUUGACUGAGAAGCAGGAAGAGCUGGACCCCGAGAGCGAGCUCGGCAAGAACCUCAGCCUCAUCCCCUACAGCCUAGUACGCGCCUUCUACUGUGAGCGCCGCCGGCCCGUGCUCUUCACGCCCACCGUGCUGGCCAAGACGCUGGUUCAAAGGCUGCUCAACUCGGGAGGUGCCAUGGAGUUCACCAUCUGCAAGUCAGAUAUCGUCACAAGAGAUGAGUUCCUCAGAAGGCAGAAGACGGAGACCAUCAUCUACUCCCGAGAGAAGAACCCCAACACAUUCGAAUGCAUUGCCCCUGCCAACAUUGAAGCUGUGUCCGCCAAGAACAAGCACUGCCUGCUGGAGGCUGGGAUCGGCUGCACGAGAGACUUGAUCAAGUCCAACAUCUACCCCAUCGUGCUCUUCAUCCGGGUGUGUGAGAAGAACAUCAAGAGGUUCAGGUAGGGCUUCCAGACCCUAGGGGCUGCCCCCUCCUGUCCCUAGCACCCCACCAAGUCUCCAUGGAUCGCAGGAGGCCUGUGUGCCCCCACUUCAUGCACCCCCCUUAGUAAACCCUCACCAAGUACGGAACUGACCUUGCAGAGCUGACGCCGAGGGCAGCGGCCGAGAUGAUGACUCACAAACGGGGCGCAUCCCAGGGACAAGAGCUAGGAGGGUCGGGGCAGAGUGCCCAUUACCCGGGGUGGUCAGGAAAGGCCUGGGGGAUCUGUCAGCGAGACCCAUGGCAGUGAGGGGGGCCUAGGAGAUGAGAAAGAGGAUGCAAUCUGGGCAGCGGGGGAGCAGCUGGUGCU